AUGCCGAUGAGGGGUGUUCAAUGCUUUGGAGUAUUUGGUAAGCUUAGUCCUCGUUUCGUGGGACCGUUUGAGAUAUUGGAGCGAGUUGGACCUUUGGCUUACCAGUUGGCUUUACCCCCUCAGCUAGCUCACGUACAUGAUGUCUUCCAUGUUUCUAUGCUUUGCAAGUAUGUGGCAGAUCCUGGGGUUAUUGAUUAUCACCCGCUCGUAGUGCAAAAGGACGCGUCACACAUCGAGUUGCUAGCUAGUAUUGUGAAUCGAAAAGAAAAAGUGUUCCGCAAUCGUACAAUUUCCUAUGUAAAGAUUCAGUGGCAGCAACUUACCCCUAAGGAGGCUACUUGGGAGCUAGAGGAGGACAUGAGGCAACUUCAUCCUCAGUUAUUUGCCUAG